UUGAGAGUAUUUGAGUUGCGGCACAAACCAUUCACUGUGUCGGAAAAAGAAGAAGAGAAAAAAGAUGAGCGACGGAGGAAAACGACAAGGUGGAAGAGCGUUGCCGCCGCCGCCAAGAGGCCCUCCGCCUCCUCCCCCCUCUCGCCCUCGCCUCGAACCCGUCGAUCGCGAAAAGACAUGUCCGUUACUGCUGCGAGUGUUCACUAAGAUUGGGAGUCACCAUUCCAUGGAAGACUUUGCCGUCAGAGGCAAAGAGCCCAAAGACGAGGUUCAGAUUUACACCUGGAAGGACGCUACUCUCCGAGAACUCACCGAUCUUGUCAAAGAAGUUGCUCCGGCUGCAAGGAGAAGAAACGCCAAACUCUCCUUCGCCUUUGUAUUCCCCGACAAAAACGGCCGUUUCAAAGUUCAAGAGGUGGGCAAGACAUUAUCUUAUGGAAAUGGAAGAUUAGAUGAUGGCAAGGCUUUAGCCGAACUUGGUUUUGAAAUCGGUGACUACUUGGAUGUGGCUAUUCUGUAGUUUAUUAUGGAUACUUGCAUGUGGCUGGUUAUGUUUGAAGGCCUUGAAACACUUAUUUUAGAGUUAAGAAGACUGUAAUCGUGGAAAUGUUUAGCUGUUAAUGUUUACAUGAACUAAAAAGAGGUCCAGUUUCUCUGGUUGCAAAAAUGAUAGAUUGAAGAUUUCUAAUGCCUAUAUUUUUUAUCACGGUCCCUUCCUGGUU